AUGGUUGCUGAAGUUUCGACUGCUAGCAUUCAACCGCAUCAAUACCAUCAUCUCAAUCCUUCGCUUCUCUCGACGAAUAGAUUAUUGCCACAAAUUUUAACCAACACUGAACGUUCCUCUUGUGCUUCGUCAUCGUCAUCCUCCUCGUGUGGAUCUAGCCCAGCCACGACUCAUACCAGUGCCGAUUCAUGGAAUUUGAAACCUCAAACUAUAACUUGCAAGCCCAAUCCACCCCCGGCGCGAAGAAAAAAAGCAAGCCGAGCAUGUGGGCAUUGCCAGAAGGCACAUUUGACGUGUGAUGAUGGCCGGCCAUGUCUGAGGUGCACAAAGCGUGGACUAUCGAAAACCUGUGCGGAUGGGGUUCGAAAGAAAGCCAAGUAUCUCAGUGACUAUGAUGACGCAUUGCUAGUUCGACCGCACCCGCCCAUCAAACGAACUUCUGAGGAGCCCUUGGAAGUCGAAGGUUGCAAAAAGGUUAAGGUCGCAACAGAUGAUCAUGACUGCCGCCUGAGUAUCUCCUGGGCCGACCUAGACUUGCUCGAAAAUGUCGGCAUUUCCCAAUAUCCUAGUGCCGAAACCCCGGUCUUAGCUGGGUGCGAGGCAAUUGGUUCAGUCAGUACUUCCGCACAAACUUGGGCGCUUGGCGGCCUUGAAGAAUGGCUGGCUCGAUUCGAAAGUGGGGUCAGCUCAAGCAGUUCUACCGCUCUUGAUAGCUUAAUUAACCUCCAAGAAAAUGUCACACAAAUCGACCAACCGAGUGCAAGUAGACAAAGGAUGCAGGAAUGGGUUACUCGAAUCAAUCGACUUGUGGAAAUCCGGAAGCUCACCAUGAACAUCACUGCUGACGAUGAAUGGAUGCUCAAGAGAAAUCUCGACCGAUCAUUGAUGGAGUUAGAGCGAGUGAUAUCUCUCAGCGGGACUCCAACUAUGAUUUGGAGUACUUCUGGUGAAAUUUUAAAAGUUGGGGAUGAAUUUUGCAUGUUGACCGAAUGGAGCCGAGAGGAUUUGGUUGGAAAACACAUCGAAACUGUGUUUGAACCAGAAAGCCUGGAGGAAUACCUAGAAUUGGUCGAGUCCAGCAUAUUUCCUGAUCAGGAAUCACAUCGUCAUCCACUGCGCCCUCGGUCUCAAGGCUCAAAGACUUCAUCCCGAAAUUUGCCCCAACGAUCUGCCUCGUCAGCCUCUUCCUCCUCAAUGUCAUCAUCCCCGUCUCUAUCUGCGAUUCCCCUCAUCUCGUUAUCACAAGCCUCCGAUCAACAUUCGAACCGAGGCUCUUUUCCCAAUGAUCGCCCGGACUUGACUGCGUCGUUUUCCCAAAGCAAGACUAGUGAUCAAAGUCAAACUGAAAGCGAAUGUAAGGAAACUAUCAAGUGGUUUGGAAUCCGCAAAGCGUGUGGUCAAGAAUCCAUUGGUUGUAGUUUUUGUUUCAAAGUGCGAAAAGAUCUAUUUGAUUGCCCUUCAACGAUUAUAGGAAACUUUUUGCCAAUCCUAACCCGAGCGUCUUAUUCCGACAAUUCUUUGUGA